GGGAAGGAGCAGAGGAUGUGACAGGUGUGUCUCCGGCACUCAGACUGUGUUUAGCAAAUGCUGGCUGGAGGGAAGGAUGGAGCUGGCUCUCAGGAGGUACUUUCUGAGGGAGACAACAGAAGCAGCUCCACGGGAGGCAGUGGCGGGUGAGAGUGGAAUAGAAAAGGAAAGAGAAGAGCAGCAGAGCGAAGACAUCUGCAGCAGAAUUUAUGAGAGUGUGCAAAGAGCUGAUUAUACUUCCUUCCUUCAAGUGGCUUCCACCUCAAAUGGAGAGACCCUUUGGAGCUUACCCCUCGACUUCAGAGUGGCCUCCAUAUUGCUUCCCUCGGCCCCGCCCCACGGCUGGAGAGGGCCGGGCUUGGGGGCGGGGCCAGGCCGGGGGCGGGUCCUCACCGGCCGCGCCGCGCGUUGCCUUGACGACCGCGACAAGAUGGCGACCCUGCCGGGCGGGAUUCAGGGGCUGGAACCCGAAGCUCUGAGCCCUGAGCAGCUGGAGCAGCUGCGCGGCUUCAAGAUUCAGACCCGGAUUACUAAUGAAAAGUACCUAAGGACCCACAAAGAAGUGGAGUUGCUCAUAAGUGGUUUCUUCAGAGAAAUGUUUUUGAAAAGACCAGACAACAUUCAAGAAUUUGCUGCAGACUAUUUCACGGAUCCAAGACUUCCCAACAAGAUUCACAUGCAGCUAAUUAAGGAGAAGAAAGCAGCUUAAUUAGCAAAAAUCAUGAUGCUCAGCUGUUGAGAGAGACCAGAAAGAAUCCAGCCUCGGGGUCAUCUGGAAGCAAAAGAGCCCUGUUGCCACGUGUGGGUUCCAGGCCGCCUUGGACUGUGUCUGCUGUGGCAAAGGCUUUUAAAGAUACUCAUUAAAAACAGACCUUCCUCCUGC